AUGAGCAAUUAAAAAGUGAGAGAUUUAACAUUCAAUUAUCAAAACGAUCUUUAUUAAACUUAUAAUUAAUAUUUUCAAGAUAUAAUUAGUAAAUAAAUAGAUAACUAACAUUCACUUAAGCAAAUUAUUAAGAUCUUUAAAAACCAAGAAGUUUUUGGCAAGUGUGAAAAACAUAAAAUAAACAAACACAUUCAAUUUCCAAUAAAAGAAGCAAAGAUAGAUAGAAAGAGUUAAAGAUACCAACAGCAAUUCAAUCAAAUGGAAGAAGAAUAGUUAUAGGAAGACCAAGAUUACAAUGAAGUUUACAAAUACAAGUUUUCAGAUUAGCAGGACGAUGAUUAAACAAAAGGGAGAAUGUUUUUAAGUGGCAAGGAAGUUGCUUUUGACAUUAAUUUUAUUCACAACAACUAUAUUAAGGCCGUUUUGACUUUAACAUCCUCAUCUAACCCAGAAUACAAGGAGGAGGAUAAUAUAUAACACAUGAUGAUUGAUAUUGAAGAUAACACUGCUUAUGAUAUAGGAAAGGAUUUCGAGUCUACCUUCGAAUUCAUCGAUACCAAUUUAUAAAAAGGCAAUGUGCUCAUUCACUGUGAGAAGGGAGUAUCCAGAAGUCCGACUAUUGCAAUAGCUUAUAUCAUGAGAAAGGAGAGAAAAAUCUUGUCGUAUGUUCUUGCCAAAAUGAAAGAAAAACGUAAAGUAGUUUAACCUAACGGUGGGUUUAUAUACCAUUUAGAAACAUACAACAAACACCUAAUUAAAACUUAUUAAGAAGAUUACGAUAAGCACAAUUAGAAGAAGCCAACACAUUAACACAGUUAAAAUUGUAGUAAAAUUCUAGCAAAUCAUUCUCAUUCUAUGCAGCUUUCCUCAAAUUAAACAACUGAUAAAUAAUAAUAAUAGUUACAGGACAACAGUUCAUAAGUGUCCGAAACUCUUGAAAACCCAAAGCAAAUGUGA